AACACAUUUUUAUUCCGGUUGGCGCUGGUGGCAGACAUCCUAGUGUCCAUACGUUGCUCGCAUUUCGCUCUGUUCCCGUUUUGUUUUCGAACAUUGAAAUGAACAAUAAGAAGACGAUAUUGCUUUUCCUAAUGGCGCUGACCACUUUAUCAGCAGCCUCAAGAUCGAGAAAUUACUUCGCUGACUAUCUUUUCAGACGAGGUGUUAGCGGAUGCACCCAAAAGGAAAUAAAUGGUUUAGUCAAAGCCGGUGUUGAUCUCGCAAAGUCUUCAAUAGACUGCUCAAAUGAUUUCAUGCAGUUCGACGAAGUCAAACAAAAAAGAGGUUGUGGUAUUGACUAUUAUGCCAAUCCAUCCUGUUGCAGUCCCGGUUGUAAUUGGAUUUUGGAGCUUCAUUGCAUGAGUCCCGUGCAAAUGAUAUGUAAAAAGAAAUAGUUAAAAAUGACGCACCACUCUUGUAAUAAUAAUACACAAAUUUCUUUCCUAAUAUCAUAUAACCACUCUUAUCGUAUAGUAAAAGUUAUGUUUAUGUUUGGUGCUGUUUUGUUUUGUGAUUUCAUUUUCUGUACAACUGAUGACGAGCUGCUAUUAAAUAAAUACGCGAUGUUGAUAA